AUGGGAGAGCUUCAAGAAACCUUCAAAUCGAAUGAAGUGAAAGUGACCUUGAAGGGCUUACGCAGCUCGAGGAAACUGCAACGUCUGUCGGUUCUCACUAAGGAGAAACUGACGUCGACUACCAAAACCGCUCUACUAUCGGAAGCUGACAAAAGCUUCAUUAAAAGGGAGAAAAUCAUGAUCGCUCAGCAGACUUUGCGUCCGUCAGAAGUAUCACCCGAUCUUCUCAUUGGACAACACCUUCUAAAUCAAGUGAUCGAACACCACAAUCCAGUUAUAAAGCUACCAUCAGGAUUGGUUUUCACUUCAACAGUCUUUGGCUAUACCAUUUCCGGUGCCAGCGGUACACUUCCCCCUAUCAACGGAAACAGUGAUGCGCUAUGUGGUUCGCUCAUUGUAGCUGCUCCUAAUAUUUCGCCGAAAAAAGGCUUCGAAACGGACCUGGACACCUCUGAAGCGGAAGCACCUCUUGCCAACAUCCGAGAUCCUACUCCUAUCCGUUCCACUGCAAAAGUACGUCUCAAGCGGAUCAGCAAAAUCCCUCCAGAAGGAACACCACGGAAGAAGAAAGUGCCUAUAAGUCAACCGAAAACUACCUUGCGAACCCCUUCAGUACCGCAAGGUAACAAGGGCGUUUUCUCGAGUAAGAACGCUCGCGAAACGUUCUAUGCUUUAUUGGAUAGCGUGAACGACAUCAAACGGAAGCUGAAUCGGAUGGAGGGCCACUUACGACGUCUCGAUGAGAGGAUGCAUACACCGGAUCUAAGGACGCAGAAAGUGACUAAGACGAAAGUGCUCCAACCAGGCGCUUCUCAGUGCCCUACCGUCCCGACGACACGAUGUUGCUAUAUGAGUGGACACUUGGCGACCGACGGCCAAAUUCGGAGAGCCAUACUUCAAGCACCAACAGAGAGAGUAGCUCAGAGACCAAUCAAUCGACUUAUUUCUCUGAAAAUACACUCUUCAUCACACGACCAAAAUGGCGAGUCUCCAACAUAUAGGGCAAGAGCCACUACUUCAAGAAAACCGUCUUCUUCGAGGAAGAAAGCUGGCGCUCCCGUGAGACGUCAGCCACGAAGAGCUGCAAAGAAGCAGGUUCCUCUCUACAUCAGCGUCUCCAGAGGCCAGCCACGUCGACGUCGUCUACGCAUCGAAAGGCAUUUCUAG